AUGGCUGAAAUCUGGCUCUGCUCACUCUGGGCAGAGAAUGAGAGGUGCAGAUUUGCAGAGGAGACCACCCGAGAUUAUGUUUUAAUGGAAUUCAAACACACAAUGGAUAAUAAAACAAUCCAAUCUUUAUGCAACAUGACCAGUCCGGACUACAACCAAACCAACUGCACGUCUCCAACCUGGAUGCUCUACCCUGACUUCUACAUUUGGAUACCAGUUAUGUACUCAAUAAUCUGCGCCGUGGGACUCACUGGCAACACCGCUGUCAUUUAUGUGAUCUUGAAGGCGCCUAAAAUGAAAACCGUCACCAACUUAUUCAUUUUGAAUUUGGCAAUCGCCGACGACCUUUUCACGUUGGUGUUGCCCAUUAACAUAGCCGAGCACCUGUUAAACUACUGGCCGUUUGGAGAGAUUUUAUGCAAAGUGAUUCUGUCCAUAGACCACUAUAACAUCUUCUCCAGCAUCUUCUUCUUGACGGUGAUGAGUCUGGACCGCUAUCUGGUCGUGGGGUCCACGCUGCGCUCCACACGGAUGCCCCACCGGACCUACAGGUCAGCCAAGACGGUCAGCCUGAGCGUCUGGGCUGUGGUCAUUCUCAUCGUGAUGCCCUUCACCGUUUUCGCCGGUGUCUAUGUGAGUCCCGACGACGCGGAGAGCAGGAAGAGCUGCGUUUUGAGUUUCCCAAGCCCUGAGAGUUUCUGGUUCAAAGCCAGUCGGAUCUACACGCUGGUCCUCGGUUUUGUCAUCCCGGUUUCGACCAUUUGCAUCCUCUAUAGCGUGUUGCUCUAUAAGCUGAGACGCACGCAGAUCAACUCAAAUGGAAAGGCUCUGGACAAAGCCAAGAAACGAGUCACAAUGAUGGUCUUCGUCGUGCUUGCCGUUUGCUUGUUCUGUUGGACACCCUUUCACCUGAGCACAGUGGUCGCCCUCACCUCAGACUUGCCCACCACCCCUCUGGUUAUAGGAAUUUCUUAUUUCAUCACCGGACUGAGUUAUGCCAACUCGUGUCUUAAUCCGUUCCUUUACGCUUUCUUCGACGAUAGUUUCAAGAAGGCAUUUAAGAAAUUGCUGGAGUGCUGA